GAUGGAUUUUUUGAAAAUAAAUAAAUCUUUAGUAUUGAACUCAUUUGAUCAAGUUUAUGUAUUUGACAAGAUGGAGCAUUUAAUUGGAGAUGGUGAUUUGUUUACAAAUAUGUACAAAGUUUGUGGUAUGAUUAUUGGGUUAGCUAUAUUGUAUUGGCUGUUUUACAUACCAUGCAACUGGAAAAAGAACAUUGAUGAAGUCGGUUAUAACGUAAUUCUGCGUGAUGAAAAAAAAUUAAAUGCGAUUAAUAAAAAGGAUGCUAUAAACAGAAUACGCAAAUUACGCAAAAUUGGAGUUAAAGAACUGCCACCGCCAUAUCCCAAUGGAUGGUAUAGCAUAAUGGAGUCUUCAGAUCUCAAACAAGGUGAAUCCAAAAGUGUGUCCGCCCUGGGUGAACAAUUUGUAGUAUUUCGAACACUAAAUAACACAGUUUACGUAUUGGACGCGUACUGCCCACACAUGGGAGCUAAUUUAGGUGUUGGUGGCCGAGUUGUUGAUGAUUCUAUUGAAUGUCCAUUUCACCAAUGGAGUUUUCGUGGCAGUGAUGGAAAAUGCGACAAUGUACCUUAUAGUACUUGUGCGCCACAGAACUCAAAAAUAAAAAAAUGGAUAUCUUGUGAAGUAAAUGACAACAUAUUUAUAUGGUAUCAUGCAGAAUCUGAUCAGGAACCGUGGAUUCUUCCAGUUGUAAAGGAAAUAGAGUCAAAUGAUUUUGUUUACCAUGGAAGAAAUGAAUUUUAUGUAAAUUGUCACAUACAAGAAAUACCAGAAAAUGGAGCUGAUUUGGCACAUUUUAGAGCAAUUCACAAUGCCAGUGUUUUAGCUGGAGGUACAGAUCCACUAAAUAGUGUAUUAAAAAACGCUGGGAAUCAUCAUUGGAAAGCUUUGUGGAAACCAGCGGAAGGGCAAACAAAACAUAUUGCAAGAGUUACAUUAAAACAUUCUAUAGAACUGACGAAAAAACUACAUGUUUUUGAAAUGGAUGUUGUUGGUGAACAGAUUGGACCAUCUUAUGUACAACUCCACAUGAAAUCACCAUCAAUGGGUCGUAUCGAAAUUUUGCAAACAGUGACACCAAUUGAACCCAUGUUGCAAAAAGUUGUUCAUCGAUUUUAUGCGCCUAGGAUGCUGGGUCCCUUUAUGAAGUUUGCUGUAUUCGGAGAGAGCAUUAUGUUUGAACGGGAUAUGUGUAUGUGGAACCACAAGAUAUUUCGAAAACAGCCUCAGUUAGUAAAAGAAGAUAUGUCUGUAAAAUUAUUUCGUAAUUGGUAUUCCCAAUUCUACUCUCAGAAUAGCCGCUCAUUUAGCGAAGCUUAUGAAAAUUUUGAUUGGUAAUUUUAAUUCAUACACAUAUGUAUUUUUACUAUUAGAAAAAAAUGCAACCAGUGGUCCUUGUGAUUUAAAUAAA